CAUGCAGCUGGCAGGCGGCGACAGGAACCCAGACGUUACUCUUAGAGACAACUUUCAUUGACUACAGGAAGCCUCACUAUGACAGCGAUAGCUUUAGUGAAGACGCUGUUGGCCGAAACGACUGUGGCCGACUCACAGCGCAUAGCAGUCGCGACUCAGAGGCUGCGAGAUGAGGUCUACAGUCAGCCUGACUGUCUCGCAUCGCUGAUCGCACUCAUGCAGAAAGACGAAGCGGCGUCUAUGCGACAGUUGGCUGCAGUUGAGGCGCGUAAGCAGACGCCAAAGUAUUGGGCAGGCCUGUCGGGUUCCUUCAAACAAACAAUUCGCUCAUCUGUCCUGGUAUCGACAUUGAAGGAACCUGUUUCUCUAGUCCGGCAUGCCUCCGCGAGAGUCAUCGCUAGUAUUGCCAGUAUCGAUCUUCCUCACGGUGAUUGGAGCGAACUCAUGUCAGUUCUUGUUCAGGCUGCAACUUCGACGGCCGCUUCAGACAGGGUGAUUGGGGUUUACAUUAUAUUCACCCUCAUCGAUGCCAUCGAGGAGUUCUUCGUUCCACGUAUAAUGGAUCUUUUCAAGCUUUUUUCCCACACAAUCACGGACGCCGAGUCUGCGGAGGUUCGUUUAACAACUUUGUCGGCAAUCGGCAGGCUUGCUGAAUGCAUAGAUACCGAUGAUACUAGCUCUGUCAAGAUGUUCCGGGGGCUUCUACCAAGUAUGGUGGCCGUGUUGCAAGAAAAUGUGCAGAAUGACAGCGACGAGGACGCCGCACGGCAGUCCUUUGAGGUGUUCCAGACCCUUCUCGUCCUCGAGCCACAUUUACUGAGCAAGCAUCUUCCGGACUUCAUGACUUUUGUCGUGGAAUUGGCCUGCUCUACUGGCGUGGAGAAUUCCAAGCGCAUCCUAGCAUUCUCAUGGUUACUGGCCUGCGUCCGUUUUCGGAAGAACAAGGUCAAGGCUAUGAAAAUUGGGCCAAUGCUUGUGGACAGAAUGUUACAAGUAGGCGCAGAAGACGAUCCGGAGGACGAGGAUGAGGACUCACCAAGCCAAUUGGCCUUUCGAUGUGUGGACGCUUUGUCCGUGUCUUUGCCGCCAUCACAUGUAGUCCAGCCUCUUUUGGCUCGAGUGCCUACAAUGUUGCAAUCAUCGUCGCCAGGUGAACGAAAAUCAGCUCUCCUUUGCUUAGGCGCUUCUUUGGAAGGGGCGGCUAGCUUCUACGCCAGUCGCGUCACUGACAUUUUGCAAGCAAUCGCCAACGGACUGCAGGAUCAUGAAAGGCAGGUUCAGCGAGCUGCUUUAACGGCACUGGGAUCCCUCGCCGACGAAUUCCCUGACGAGGUGGCCGCAGAACAUGCCACGCUCUUAUCACUUGUGUUCCAGCUGAUGCAUUCUCCAAGCGUGACAGUCGCCAAGUCUGCAUCUACUGCCUUGAUCACGAUUCUCGAAGGAUUGGAUCAAAAUCAGAUUGUCACUUACUUGCCGCAGCUCAUGUCUUCCUUCUUUGCCGUUCUUGAGUCCAAUACUGACGUCGAGGCGAAGAGUGUCGUGGUGACAGCCUUGGGAUCAGCGGCACACGCAGCCAAAGGCUCAUUUACGCCAUUCAUGAAUCGCACAGCGGAAUUGCUGACCCCGGCUCUAUCUUCUACAAUGCCCUUGGAGCUUGAUUUUCGUGCUUCAGCUCUCGAUUGUUUCGGCUCCAUCGCAAUUGCAAUCGGCGCAGAGCAAUUUCGGCCUUUCGAACAAAGUGUGGCUCAGUCUGCUGCGAUCGUCCUCGACUGGAAGCAUAGCCGUCUAAAAGAAAGUUCCUUCUACUUCUUCGCGGCGCUUGCAAGGCUUCGUGGCAAUGAGUUUGGCACUUAUGCAGACGUUGUCAUUCCCUGGCUGCUGAGAUCUGUAGCGCAGGAUGAUAAUGGCGAGACCAAUCCUGACGAUAGUGACCAGCCAGCUGAUGAUGAGGAUUUGGACAGCGAGGAAUUCAUGAAUUCGAUUGGCAUCAAUUCAGCCCUUGCAAUGGAGAAAGAAACAGCAUCUGAGGUCCUGGGGGAAAUCCUCUCCCACGCUGCUGAAACAUGUGUGACAUACAUUGGGGAGAUCGUGGUGCAAUUGACACAAUGCUUGGACCACUACUACGAAGGUGUUCGCAGAGCGGCAGCAGGCUCGCUGUAUCAGUCAAUCUCAGCGACAUAUCUUUUAUCGGCUCCGGCUCAAUGGCUACCCGGCUUACCGUGUCGAGUACCUCUUCGUUCUGAUGUCGAGCAGCAUGCUGGGGCAGUUCGCUCUGCAAUCAUGGAAUUUUUGAUUACGGAGGAUGACAAGCUCGUGGUUUCUGAUGUCUGCAGACAUCUAGCUCAGGCAACUCGUUUAUGUGGACCAGGGCUUCUAGGCUCCGAGGCAGAUCUGAAACGGCUGUGCGACAUUCUCCUCGACAUCUUCAAGAGAGAGCAUGCCUGCCAAAUCGCCGAUGAAGGCUUUCCGGCCGUUGCAGAAGACGAUGAAGACUUAGUCGAAGUUGAAGAUGAUGAAAGUGAAGAGCUCGAGGCAGCGCUGCUUGACGCUGCUUCUGAGGUUAUCAUUUCGCUUUCCUUCGCGCUUGGCGAUCAAUUUGUUCAACCAUUCGGCCUAUACCUUCCGUUCUUGAAACAAUUGGCCAGUCCACCAUCGCCCGAUAGCUCUCGUGCUUCCGCACUAGCUGCCUUUGCCGAAGUUGCAGGUGGUCUCAAGUCAGGAAUAACGCCCUAUACCGAAUCAUUCUACAAGCUGAUCUCAUCAGGUCUUGGGGAUGAAAACCCCGAAGUUCGAUCGAACUCUGCAUACGCUAUGGGAUUGCUCUGCGAGCAUUCGAAAUUGGACUUGUCUUCAGAGUACAUGACGAUACUGCAAAAGCUUCAGCCACUUUUUCUUGAAGGCGAAAAUCACAGGUUUGCCAAGGAUAACGCCAUUGGAUGCACGGCACGUAUGACACUUGCCCAUCUAGAUGCUAUGCCACUGGAGCAAGUACUUCGCGUCGUUGUCCAAAAUCUGCCUCUUCGCCACGAUUUUGCAGAAAACCAGCCCCUCUACCGUAUGUUCUGCUAUUUGUACGCACAGAACAAUGCCACUGUCCUGCAGAUGACGAAGGAGUUGUUGCCAAUCGUCAAAACCGUGCUGCACGGCGAUGAAGCACAAUUGACCCCUCAAACUCGAAUCGAUUUGUCAAGCUUAGUUACAGCGCUCGAUGAUGCGCCAUAGAAUGUUCAAGUUAGCUUCAUAUUGGUUUGCAGUCUCUGCUUGAGUGGAAUCCGCUCUUCGAUCCGUUUCAGAUUGGCGCUCAGCUCAGAUUGACUAAUGGUCAAAGGUCAUUGACGACGUGUCCUCGAGUUUUUCUUUCUCUUUUGUAGUCUCUCAUUUCAUUUGCUAGUCACCACCCGGUGAUCAGACAGCUCAGUUCUGCUUGACUGCUUGUUGUAUUCAAUGAUACAUUCGACACCUUCGACAGUAUACUGAUGUACUUUCUUGAAAAUCCGACAACAGCGUCGAUUCAGAGUGAUUAGCUGUCGGAUCUUGCUUGAAAGUGUUGAGCAGUCGCAAAUGCUGUUGUGCACAGGGAAGCGAUGGUACAUGCAACACUGACGCUGUAUCUGAAUGCUUGAGAGCUUUUGGUGUAGGUGAUU